UCAAUUGUCAUUUGUGUUGUUAAACUACAAGAGUCGUAGCACGUGUUUUUAGGUUAUUGCGUUAAAAUAAUAAUUAAAAUGGUGAAAAUAAAAGUAAAGAAGGAGAAAAAAAAGGAUUUAAAAACACAGGAACCGGUCAAAAGUGAAAAUAUGGUAACUUUACCGCCUGUUCGAAUGUCUGAUGAUCCUACCCCAAAACAAGUAAGAUGGAUAAAUAGACAAAGAGUUUUAGUAUUUGCUGCACGAGGUAUAAAUCAUCGCCACCGUCAUUUGAUGGAAGAUAUUAAAAAACUGAUGCCCCAUCAUAAAACAGAAUCUAAAAUGGAAAGAAGUAAGAACUUAUAUGUGGUUAAUGAAAUUAGUGAAAUGAAGAAUUGCAAUAAAUGCAUUUUAUUUGAAGGAAGAAAGAUGAGAGACUUAUACCUUUGGAUGUCUAAUAUUCCCAAUGGACCGAGUGUCAAAUUUUUAGUGGAAAACAUUUACACAAUGGGUGAGCUCAAAAUGACAGGCAACUGCUUAAGAGGUUCCAGACCAUUGUUAUCUUUUGACCCUCAGUUUGCUAAAGAUGCUCAUUACUCCCUGUUGAAAGAAUUGCUGAUUCAAAUCUUUGGUGUGCCCAAGCACCAUCCUAAAAGCCAGCCCUUUUUUGAUCAUGUAUACACAUUUAUGAUACUAGAUAAUAGAAUUUGGUUCAGAAAUUACCAGAUUCUUUCAGAAGAUGGAGCAUUAGCUGAAAUUGGACCAAGAUUUGUACUCAAUCCUGUGAAAAUAUUCUCUGGCUCCUUCGGUGGUUCAACCUUGUGGGAAAAUCCCAAAUAUGUUAGUCCAGCUAAACUUAGACAAGCAUUCUCCAAGAGAGCUGCAAACAAAUAUGAAAAGAGAAUUGAAAAGAAAGCUCUCAAUGAAGCCACUAAACCAGCUACUGGAUACCCAGAUAUAGAAGAUGCUUCCUUCUUCAAAGGCGAUCCAGUAAAGAAAGCUCAGGAUGUGGUCAUAAAAGAUGAAAUAAAAGAUGAACCAAUGGAUGAAGAAGAAGAUGAUGAAGAAAAUGAAUCACCUGAUACUAGCAUCAUCGAAACUGUCAAGAAAACCAAAACUAAACCAGACAUGGCUAUCAGACGGAAGCAACUCAAAGCUAAGAGCAAAAAGAUUUCUGAUCAAAUUAAAAAGAGAAAACAAUUCAAAAAGAAGAAACCUCUGAAAUCAAAAUGAUGGAAUCAAAUAAAACAAAUUUAUUAUGACACUCCAAUUAUGUUUUAUUAUUUAAGAUCAACAAUCCAAAAAUUAAUAAACAUACAAUAUAAAUACUUGGAAGAAAGAUUUGAUUCAUAAGCAUGAUUUAAUAAAUGCAUAAUUUAAAUAAAUGGUGACAUAAUAUUAUGUAUAAUUUUAAUGUUAAAUAAAUAUUAAAGCUAAAAUGUUA